UCCAGAGGAGACCCGGAGGGAGGUUGUUGAACCUCCAGCCCCUCUGCCAGCUCUUUCAGCCCCCGUCACAGCUGCCCCCGUCAUACCACAUAGCAAAUCUAGCCAUUCGAAGCACCUGGCCAAAGCCUCCCACACCUCAUGGGGCCACGUAAGCCUAAAGGGCAGGGCCUCUCGAAGCAGUAGCCGAAUUCAGCCGUCGUACACGUCCAUGGGCCAAAGCUGGGAUCUAGAUCGCCACGUGAAAACUAGGAGGGGUGAGACUACCUGCCCAUGGGUCCCUAGGCCUGAGAAACCCCAGCCUGGAGCCUAGCUUCCACUUAGGAGUACCUGGGUCUGGACCCUGCUCUCUGUAGCCCUGCUGGACCAUCAUCUCAGGCAUAGCCAAGGGAAUAUUAGAAGCCUGUCGAGCGCAUGGCCGUUCCUGGCCUCAAGACAGAAAACCUUCAUUGCCCAGGCCUUCAGCUCACUGCCUUCUGUGCCCGAGACCUCAGGCAGCAGUCGGCACAGCCUCAGCCAAAGCAUUUCCCCGAGUGUCUGCGUGGUUACUCUUCUCCUUUUUUUUUUUUUUUUGGUCAUACUCCCCCCUCAUACAGUUUAGAGACCCCCAGAGCAGAGGGUCGUCCCCAUUACUGCUUCCAUCUUCCUCUGUACAGUGAAGGGGGUGGCCUCUUCCAGAUUGAAAUAGGUGAGUCUGAGAGUGGGAGAGAAGCUGGUGCCCUCCUGGGAUGGAAUGCCUUCUUGCUGUGAAUUAUCCUGCCUCACUGAUAGUGACCGUACUAGGGCCCCUGCACGCUUUGUUACUAAAAAUCUCAGAGCCCCCAUUGGAGAUCCCACUCCCUGGCACCAUCACUGCCCAGAGCCUGACCUCUCUCCUGCCCUUGCAGCCAGGGUCCAGCGUGUCCGUAAGAAGCAGAUGGCGGCUGAUGAGCUUUUACAGAAGUGCUGUGGUAAGAUCUUUGAAGGCUUGCGCCAUAUCCAGUCCAUGCUGGCCGUCAUGGUCGAGAGCCUCGUCUUCGAAAUCUUCAUCUUCACCGUGGUCUGUUUUAACACCAUGGUUCUGGUGGUGCAGACUUUUGCUGAGGUAGAGAUCUGGGGAGAAUGGUACUUCGCGGCUUUGGACUCCGUCUUCCUCUCCAUCUACUUCAUGGAAUCCGUGCUAAAGAUCCUGAUCAUGGGACUUGGUUACUUUGAUUCUUGGAACAGCCUAGACUUCUUUAUCCUGGUCAUGGCUGCGAUGGACUUCAUGCUCAAACAGUUCUACUUCUCCAGCGCCAAUAGAAUGGCCCACAGCAAAACUGUCUUCCGAAUCCUGAAGAUCUUCAAAAGCCUUCGAGCCCUGAGGGUCAUAAUGGUGCUUCGGAGGCUCAGCUUCCUCAACAGCCUCCAGGAGGUGACGGGGACUCUGGCCAGGUCGCUGCCAUCCAUCGGGGCCAUCCUUGUCCUGAUGUUCACCUGCCUCUUCUUCUUCUCCGUGAUACUUCGAGCCCUGUUCAACUAUUCGGACCCCAAGCGCUUCCAGAACAUCUUUACCACCAUCUUCACUCUUUUUACCUUGCUCACCCUGGAUGACUGGUCCCUCAUCUAUUUGGACAGCCGGGCAAAAGGUGCCUGGUAUAUCAUCCCCAUCCUCAUGAUCUACAUCAUUAUACAAUACUUCAUUUUCCUCAACCUAGUGAUCGCGGUGCUGGUGGAUAAUUUCCAGACGGCCCUACUCAAGGACCUGGAAAAAGAGAAGCAAAAGAAAGUAGCCCGGAUGCAUGAGAAGCUUCUGGACGAGUCUCUGACAAACCUGGACACAGAAACAGAAGAGACCAUGAGUGAUACCUCUUUACAAGCGCACAUAAUUGAGAAAAAAUACGGGGACCUGACUUCCACACAGCAGGACAAAAUGUUCCACUAUCUCCAGCUGAUGGCGGCCGUGGAGCAUCACCAGCAAGUGUUCCGCUCACAGGCGGCUGUCAUCGAUGAGAUCAUUGACACUGUGUUUGAGGCCGGAGAAGAAGAUUUCAAGAAGUGA